CCCGCGCCGGCGGCGCCUCGGAGCGCGAGCGGCGCGGCCGGGUCCGGAGCGGCCCGUGGGGCCCGCCAGCAGCCGGAGGAAGGGGCCCGGAGGGCGACGGCGAGGGCCGUCCGGCCCCCGGCCCCGAGAGGGCCCGCCCGCGCCGGAAGUGGGAGGCCUCGCCCUCGGAGGCGGGGACCGGAAGUGGAGGCCCCGCCCUCGGAGGCGGGGGACCGGAAGUCGGGCGCUCCGCCUUCUGAGGCGGGGGACCGGAAGUGACGGAGAUGGACGGCGGGCCCGCCCCCCUGCGCCUGGCCGCCGCCGCCGCCUGGAGGGUGGUGCGCAUGCGCCGCGCCGCCCACUACCCCCGCGUCCUCCAGCUGCUGAGCGUACUGGACGCCACCGCCCCGGGCCUCGUCCGCUACCGGCACCACGCCCGACUCUGCCUCGGCCUCAGGGCCAAGAUGGUGGUGGAGCUGAUCCUCGGAGGGCGGCCUUGGCCCCAAGUACUGGACGCCCUGAACCACCACUUCCCCCAAAGCGGCCCCGCGGAGCGGCACCCCAACGCGACGGAACGGGACCUGGUGAAAAUCCGCGAGGCCCAAGACUCCUUCUGUGAGCUGAUCUGCCAGCUGGCCGAGUCGCCGGCGGGCCGGGGGCCCCGGCUGCAGGAUCUGGAGCAGGACUAUGGAGAGCCCUUCCUGGUGGCCCUGGAGAAGCUGCUGUUCGAAUAUCUGUGCCAGCUGGAGAUGGCACUGCCCGCCCUGCAGCCGCGGCAGCUGCAGAAGGCGCUGAAGAUGCUCCGGCCCGGAGCCGCCAACUCCUUCCCCCUGGCCCUGGGCCAGUACUGCACAGACCUGGGCUGGCCGCCCUCAGAGUUGCCCGCCGCGGGGCCGGAGUCCGAGCCGGGGCCUCCGGAGCGGAAUCCCGCUCCCGCGCCCCUCCCGGGAUCGUCGGGCCGGUCCGGCCCCGGCUCGGCCAGCCCCCCACGUGCCCACAAGCCCAGGGGCCUGGCCGGGAGGAAGCGGCCCGAGGCCCAGACGGGCCGGGACUUCAACCUGGCCCCCCUGGGCCGGCGGCGGGCCCACGGCCAGCAGCAGCGAGCCCUCGCCAGGGCCGGCCAGAAGGAGCGGCCCACGGCCAUGCUGUCCCCGUUCAGGAGCCUCUGCCUUCCGGCCCCGCGGAAAGACAGGGUCCAGCCCCCGCGGCCCGGGGCGGGGCCGGCCGGGGCCCGAGGCGCGGACGAGACCCCCGGGGCCGGGGGCCGGAGGCCGGAGCGGGUGGAGGAGCCCCUCUGCGAACACAAGGAGAACCUCUCGCACUGCCCAGCGGAGCCUCCGUGGCCGGCGCUCUCUGAGACCGGGGUGCCGGAGCCCGGUCCCGCUCUGGACACCCUAGGCGACCUGGUGCUGGACUCCGAAGACGAAGGGAACGGCCAGCGGGCCGCCAAGGCCUCACUAGAACCUGUCGUUGGCCCUGACUUCCCAACUUGGGGCCCCGAUCCUACUCACCAAAGGCUUUGGCCACAUCCCCGGGACAGCUGCAGCCUCCGUCCUGGCGGGGGGAGAGCAGAGACGCAGUGAGAUGGGGUUUGGGGGGGGGGGGGGCCGGACCCUCUCCCCAACGGUCCCGUCUCGCCCUGGGGCCUUACGGAGAUGAUGUGGCCGUUGAGGCCGUGGGCGGCGUCGGCGCACUCCAUCACGGCGCUCAGCUGCGGGUACCCGACCCCCGUUUUCUGCCGCGUGGUGCACACGGAGCCUGUAAGGACAGGGCCGGCGGGGGUGUCUAGUGCCCGGGAGGUGCCCGCCCCCUCCUCGGCCUCCUCUUGCGGCCCGACUUACCUGGCCCGAUCCCCACCUUGAUGAUAUCGGCCCCGGAGAGAAUCAGCUCCUCCACCAUUUCUCCGGUCACCACGUUCCCGGCCUGCGGGGAGGGAGGGCAGCCGCCCGGGGAGAGGCCGGAUCGGCGUCCCUCGGGGCGGUGGGUCUGGGGGCGGCCGGGACCCUCCCCUGAGCUUUGGCGCGAGGACUGUGAGCCCACUGCUGGGUAGGGACUGUCUCUAUAUGUUGCCAACUUGUACUUCC